AUGACUCUAUCAGAAGCGCUAGCCAAGGUGCAGACUCUCGUGGCGCAAGAGGCAUCCGGCAAUAAGGAUUCUCAUGCCACCCUUCUCCAGGCGAUUCGUGAACUACAGCUAGAGGCUGAAACUCCGCUAGAGACCACGUCUAGGCUCAAUUUUCAAAAAGUGACCUCACAGAUCAUGCAAAACAUCUCGAUCCGUGUCGCAAUCGAGAAUGGAUACCUUGCUAUGAUUGCUGCAAAGAGUGGCCAAGCUGUCUCGGCUACCGAGAUUGCUAAGCAAACAAACUCUGAUUUGCUUCUGGUGACCCGCAUCAUGCGGGCGUUGACAGCAAUUGGUCUCUGCGAUGAGGCUGGUAGUCAGCUUUAUGCUGCUAAUCAUCGCACUCACUUCAAAAUCUUGCCGGGCUCCAUUGCGGCGGAAAAACACCAUUUUGACCUUGAUUUUGCAAUGGGCGGCAAACUCGUCGAAUAUAUGCGUGGCCCAGGAAUCCAGCAAUUCGCCGAUGAGCCUGACGCCAUGACCUUAUUCAAAUACACACAUGGAACAGAUGUGAUCUUUGGGUUACUCGAGAAGAACCCGGAGCAAAAACAAGCAUUUGACGACUACAUGGCUGCGCGUCGCACAGAUAAUCUGCCGCAGUGGUUUGAUAUAUAUCCUGCGUUCGAAAAGGUAACGAGGGCCCGAACUGACCCCGAAUCGGUUCUCAUGGUCGAUGUUGGCGGGGGACCCGGGCAGGAGAUUUCACGCUUCAAGGAGAAGUAUCCUAGUCUACCAGGAAGAUUCAUUCUCCAGGAUCUACCCUUGACUUUGGAACGAGUUGGCAAGCUACCUGAAGCAGUGGAGGCGAUGGAAUACGAUUUUUUCACCCCUCAGCCCGUCAAAGGCGCUCGAUUAUACUUUCUUCGUGAUGUUUUGCAUAACUGGUCAGACGCCAAAAGUGCCCAAAUCUUGACCAGGAUUGUCGAAGCCAUGGAUCCCGAGUACUCGACUCUGUUGAUCGAUGACUACAUCUUGCCAGAUACAGGUGCUGAGCUUCGAGCUGCCGAGAUGGACAUUCUCAUGUGGCUGCAUACUGCGGGCUUGGAGCGAACCGUCUCACAGUGGCAGCGGCUUUUCAGUGAGGUAGGGCUGGAAUUGGUUCAAAUCUGGAGCACUCCGAGAGGGAAUGAAUCGGUCCUCGAGACGCGUAUUCGUACUUAA